AUGCCGAAACGCUUCGAACCGUCCUCCGUGAAGAACAAAAUCAAGCGCGAAGAGCUCGCGCAUAAAAAUAAAAAGGCGAAAGGCCAGGCGAAGUUGCAGAGACGACUUGCGCUCGCGAAGGAGGAGGCCAAGGAUCCUUCUGCAAAGAAAAAACGUCUUGCAGAAAAUGUGCCCCGAACGCUAGACAACACACGGGAUUUCGAUCCCUCCUUCCUCACCGCAGACCCCUCAUCCUCUCACCCAUCCACCCUCGAAUCCUCAGAACCAGGCCCCUCAACACAAACACAAGACCCAACAGCCGAAUCCUACACCGACAUCUCCUCUGACCCCUUCUCCUCCUACUUCUCUUCCUCCACCACCGCCGAUCCCUCCAUCCCUCCAAAGGUCCUCAUCACAACCUCCGCAAAAGCGACCCGUGUGACAUACGACUUCUGUGAAGAAUUAGUGGGAAUUUUUCCGGGUGCGGAAUUCAUUAGGAGGCCGAAGAAGGGGAGGGGGUUCGAGUUGGGGAGGAUCGCGGGGUGGGCCGCAGGGAGAGGGUACGGAAAUUUGAUUGUCGUCAAUGAGAACAUGAAGAAACCUAAUGCUAUUACGAUGGUACACCUUCCCGAUGGACCGACAGCAUACUUCAAACUCACAUCUAUAGCUCUCACAAAACAAAUAUUCGGCCACGCCCGUGCCACAGCACACAACCCCGAACUCGUCCUCAACAACUUCGUCACACGCUUGGGCCACACCGUCGGCCGGAUGUUCCAAACAUUCUUUCCCGCGCUCCCAGAGUUCCAGGGCAGACAGGUCGUGACUCUGCAUAACCAACGGGACUUUCUAUUCUUCAGGCGGCAUCGAUACGCAUUCCGCACCCCCGAGAAAGUCGCCCUCCAAGAAAUCGGACCCCGCUUCACGCUUAAGCUCCGAUCAUUGAAGAAGGGUCUUCCUGCCGUCAAGGCUUUGGGCGAAGCGCCACCCGCACUCGAGUUUGAUAAUUUCGACGAUGUGGAUGAGGAGAUGGCCGCGGAGGAGAAGGCGGCCGCAGAUGCUGUUGGUGCUGGCGACGGGAUGGAGGUGGGGGCUGCGGGGGCUGUUGCUACGGCGGAGAUUGGUGGCGAGGAUGCGGAGAUGGGAGAGGGAGAGGAGGAGGAAGAGGCUAAGGAGGAGGAAGAGGCUAAGGAGGAGGAGGAGGCAGGGAAGGAUAAAGGGAAAGAAGCGAAGAGGAAGCCACCGAAGGGUGAGGAGUUCGAAUGGGUAUGGAAGCCCGAGUUGGAGAAGACGAGGAAGACGUUCUUUUUGUAG